GCGGCGGCGGCGGCGCGAUGGCGGCGGCGGCGGCUCCCGUGCCCGAGGCCUGGCCCGAGCUGGAGCUGGCGGAGCGCGAGCGGCGGCGCGAGCUGCUGCUGACGGGGCCCGGCCUGGAGCAGCGGGUGCGCGCGGCGGGCGGGCGGCUGCCGCCGCGGCUCUUCACGCUGCCGCUGCUGCACUACCUGGAGGUGAGCGGCUGCGGGAGCCUGCGCGAGCCGGGCCCGGGCCUGGCGCAGGGCCUCCCGCAGCUGCACAGCCUCGUGCUGCGGCGCAACGCGCUCGGGCCCGGCCUCAGCCCCGAGCUCGGCCCGCUGCCCGCGCUGCGCGUGCUCGACCUGUCCGGCAACGCGCUGGAGGCGCUGCCGCCGGGCCAGGGCCUGGGCCCCGCCGAGCCGCCGGGCCUCCCGCAGCUGCAGAGCCUCAACCUCAGCGGCAACCGGCUGCGCGAGCUGCCCGCCGACCUGGCGCUCUGCGCCCCGCGCCUGCAGACCCUCAACCUCACGGGCAACCGCCUGGACUCCUUCCCCGCCGCGCUCUUCCGCCCCGGCGCGCUGCCCCUGCUCAGCGAACUGGCGGCCGCCGACAACUGCCUCCGAGAGCUCAGCCCCGACAUCGCCCACCUGGCCUCACUCAAGACGCUGGACCUCUCCAACAACCAGCUCAGCGAGGUCCCGGCGGAGCUGGCCGACUGCCCCAGGCUCAAGGAGGUCAACUUCCGGGGGAACCGGCUGACGGACAGGCGGCUGGAGAAGAUGGUCCGCAGCUGCCAGACGCGGUCCAUCCUGGAGUACCUGCGCGGCGGCGGCCGGGGCUGCGCUCGCGGCCGUGGCAAGGCGGAUGGCCCCGAGAAGGAGGAGGCCCGCAGGAGGCGGCGCGACAGGCGGAGGAGGGAGAGCGGCGAGGGGGGCGGGGGGGAGGCGGCCGGCGCCGGCCGGCUGCUGCUCCGGGUCCUGCACGUGUCCGAGAGCCCCGCCCCGCUGACCGUGCGGGUCAGCCCCUCGGUCAGGGACGUCCGGCCGUUCAUCGUGGGGGCCGUCGUGAGAGGCAUGGACCUGCAGGCCGGGAACGCGCUCAAACGGUUCCUCACCUCCCAGACGCGGCUGCACGAGGAGCUCUGCGAGAAGAGAACGGCCGCCACCAUCGCCACCCACGACCUCAGAGCCGUCCGCGGGCCCCUGCUCUACGACACCCGCCCACCUGAGGACCUCAAGAUCGUCCCCUUAGGGCGCCGGGAAGUCAAGGCCAAGGACCUGGUGCGGCAGCUACAGCUGGAGGCCGAGGAGCACAGGAAGCAGAAGAAGAGGCAGAACGUCUCGGGCCUGCACAGGUACCUUCACCUGCUGGACGGGAAGGAAAGGUACCCCUGCCUCGUGGACGCAGAUGGAGACGUGAUCUCCUUCCCGCCCAUAACCAACAGCGAGAAGACGAAGAUCAAGAAAACGACUUCAGAUCUGUUUUUGGAAGUAACAAGCGCCACGAGUCUGCAGAUUUGUAAAGACGCCAUGGACGCCCUCGUGCUGAAAAUGGCAGAAAUCACCAAAUACACUUUAGAAAAUAAAGAGGACGAAUCAGUUUCAGAUAGCGAGGCCGACGCAGCUUCCGGACGGCUCCCAGACCCCGGCGCGAGCACAAGUGCGGACCAGGCCCGGCCCGCGUCCCUGCUGCUGGAGCAGGUCCGGGUGCUGGACGAGGAGGGACACCUGAGGGUGGUGUACCCCUCCAAGACGGACCUGGGCCUCGCCGCCCCCCACGUGACCGUCAUCCGCUGAGCCCCGGGCCAUGGCGGAGGGCGUGUGGUGCUGUCAUCUUGUUUUAAGUUUCACCUUGGUGGUUUUUGAGAUGCACGUCCCUUGCUCUCUUUUCCAGAAGGUUCUGGCACAGAUGAUGCCGUGUUGUGGUGUGCUUGGGUGGCUUUGCCUUUUGAGCACUGCGCUGAUUGUGCUACUGCUUUGUGAGAAGUUCCCCAGAUACGGGGUGACUGAUGUUUGUUCCGGAAUCACGCAGACACAGCAACUAACGCUGUUCUGGGGAGAACAGGUCCUGACUGGUUUAACUGUUCAGAUCUAAACCGGGGAGCUGAACGUGUAUUUUACAGACCCGCACGAUUAUUUUUCUACAACGGGGCAGCUUUUAAAACCGCACCGAAGCAGUCGUGCAGCUGAGGGACCUGUGGUGACCCCGUGUCCCCAGGCGGCUGCCAACCAUCCUCUUUUUACAAGAAAAAUAUUUUUAUGUGACCUUAGAAUUGGCAAAGGCGUUUUUCUUAGUACUGCAGAUGCUUUAGGGGUGGGCUGCAGGGUACCCAUGUGCACCCCCAGCAGGGCAGGGAGGACCGGGGCUUUGCUGGUCUGCAUGGGCACCAGGGACGGGCAGGUGUGGGAGCGUGGCGCGGGGCAAGCACACGGCUUCCAGCGCAGAGCAGGCUGCGUGUGCGGGCCCGCUGUGCUGUCAGCUGGCUCGGGGACAGACCGUGGCCGCGGCUGCGUGAGGGGUGAAGCCUUGUGCAGCGUUUUGUUUUAGGUAUUAACAGUUUUGAAUGUCUGAGGCCGUAGACCGUGUGUGUGUGUGUGUGUGUAUGUUUACAUGUGUGAGCACACGCACCCCUCCAGGCACCAGCCAGCCACAGGGUAGGUGGUGCUUACUGGCCUCUGCCUCCUGCUCUGCCUGGAUUAUGAGAAACUGACACCCUGGCUUUUUGGCACUGACCCCAUCUGUUUGGUGUUGUGUGACUUGCACAAGACAAGCUGUGUGUUCUGCUGAUUUGGGGCACAUUUGCCAGAGGCCUGCUGAACCCAGGCCUUCAGCCAUGAGGCUUGAGCCUCCACGUGGGGGCCACACUUACAAAGCCACACGGUUCUCUCGGAGCUCAGCCAACCUGCUUUGUAGGGCGGCCUCACCAACGUGGACAGAGCUGCCAGCCCCACUGCCCGGCCCGGGCGAGGUGCGAGAUGUGCUCACCUCACUGCGGGACGCCUGAGGUCCUUCCUCUUCUCCGUCCCGAUCCGCUCAUAAACCCGGACACUCUUUGCCAGCCCAGCCCUCUAAUAAACGUUUAACACAAACA